AUGGGGCUCUCCAACGCAGCCAUCAUUGUCAUCGUCCUCGUCGCCUGUCUCGGAGCAACCGCACUGGGAGCAUCGCUCUUCAAGCACUACAAACCCGCCGAUGGAGAGACCCCGUGGAGUCCAGGCUACGAGCAGAAGGUCUACAUGGCCGAGGUACGGGCUCGAGGAUUCGAAAAUCUGAGGCAGAUAUACUGGGGUGGACGAGAUCUUGAGUCGCGUUAUCUCCCAGCGGGGCCGAGCUACUAUCGUCCCCACACCACUUACACUGAAGACACCAACACAAAAUAUACAGCGAGCUCGUAA